AUGGCACGAGGUUUUCAAGACAAACUCCUAAAUACAAAGGGGUUCAACGUUCUCUUCAGUGUAACCUUUAAACUUUUCAGGAAUAGUUGUCACUCAGGGCCAGAAGAACAUCGCAACAGUAAAUGCAAACUGUACUGCGCACUGGCUGGCAUGAUACUAUUGGCUAUUUUGAUUGUACUGCUUUGCAGUAUGCCCCUCUGGGAUCGGAGCAUGCCAGAGGAGACUUUGAAUGAAGUGAAAACAACAGAUUCAUUGAAAUCAAAAAGAUUGGUCAAACAAAAUAGAUCAUCAGCCGUAGAGUGGCAAUGGCAGUGCAGAAACCACUUUUGUCUCAAAACGCACGCAUAUACGAACGUUACAAUGUACAGUUCCCUCAGCCGUUGUACACUUUUAUGCAUGGGACCGCAGCUGUGGCCCUAUCCAAUAGGUUACACCCACUUUGGCAAAACAAUUAUAGCUCUUACUAUGACAAAUUUAGAGUACAAAUUCCAAUCAGUACCUUCCGAAGUUGUACAUCACUACCUAGCUGAAGCCUUUAAAUUGUUUCUAAAAGGUUUAUCCAGGUUGGAGAAAAUGCAUAAGAAAUACAAAAAUGAAACCGAAGAAACCGAUCUGCCUAUUAAAAGAAUUAGUGUUCAAAUGGAAGUUGAGACCGAUCCAGAUCCAAGGAUAAGAUUGAACACUGAAGAAGCAUAUAUGCUCAAAUUUGAAACUGUAGGUAGCCGCGUUAACAUCAAAGUGACCAGCGCUUCCUUCUGUGGUGUUAGACACGGCCUGGAGACAUUGAGUCAGUUGAUUCUCCUGGAUCAGGCGUCGGGCUAUCUAAUAACAUUGUCAGAAAUAACAAUAAAAGAUGCACCAAGUUACAGAUACAGAGGCCUGAUGUUAGACACUGGAAGAAACUAUAUACCAGUGUCAGAUAUAAUGAGAACUAUAGACGCAAUGGCAUCGUGUAAACUGAACACGUUUCAUUGGAGAAUUUCCAGUGAUACUAGUUUUCCAUUGCAGUUGGCCAAGCUACCAUUAUUGUUCGAAUAUGGUGCAUAUGACAGAAAAAUGGUUUACACCAAAGCUAAUGUGCAAGCUGUAGUAAGAAAAGCAGGGCUACGUGGCAUUAGAGUUCUUAUAGAAGUGACUGCACCAGGACCUGUUGGAAGGCCUUGGUCAUGGUUACCAGAGGCCACUUGUCCAAGGAAAACUGAUAAUUACACCUGCGAUAAUAUUCUUUGCACGAGGCUCCUUAUGGAGAGUUCAGUUUUUGAUAAAUUACAAAUACUUUAUUCGGAAAUUCUAGAAAUGACUGGAGUCGACGAUAUUUUCCAUCUCAGUGAUGGAAUGUUCUCGAUGACGAAUUGCUAUCAACUAAUAAACGAUAGAGAUGGGUUUUUGGACAAGACUUUAGAGCGCCUCAAGAUGGCUAAUAAAGGGUUCUCACCCAAGUUGCCUAUUAUCUGGUAUACGCCCCAUUUGAUGAAGGAUUAUGAGGCGAAAACCUGGGAAAGGCUCGGAGUGCAACUGAACGAUUUGGAUCCAAAUCCUGGUGAGCAUUAUUUGGGCAAAUUUAGGGUGAUCCAUUCGACAAAAUGGGAUUUGUCUUGUGAGAUGAGGAAACAGAGAUGCAUUAAGUACAGAACAUGGCAGGAGAUGUACGCUUGGAAAUCAUGGCGAAACGUGGAAGUUUUCACAAUUGAAGGAGGAGAGGCGGUUCUUUGGACAGACUUAGUGAGCUCAGGAAACCUGGACAAUCUCUUGUGGCCACGUGCAGCCGCGGUGGCUGAGAGACUGUGGUCUGACAUGGUCGCCAAUUCGAGCGCCAAUCGAUUCGUAUACAUGCGCUUAGAUACCCAUAGGUGGCGUAUGCUUUUACGCGGUAUAAAAGUGCAACCUAUAUGGCCGGCUUGGUGCAGUUUAAACCCAAGCGCGUGUCUUGGUAAAAUACACAAGUGA